AUCUCACAGUUCUGACUUUUUUUCUCAGAAUUGCGAAACAAAAAGUCGCAAUUACCAUUUUUAUUUUUUAUUUAGUGGCGGAAACAAGCUUCCAUAGUUUUCCUUUACUUGUUACCACUGUUUUUCUGCCACCAUAAUGCGCGCGCAGCUGCAAGUCAUGUAACUGUGACGUCUGCUCCCAAAUACUCUCAGCGAAAAAAAGUCGCUCAUCAGCGUACUGUUGCCAUGGUUACCUAUCUCUUAUUUCGUGCCAUUACUUGUAAUCUAACUUUUGUGAUCACUGAAAUCACUUGAAACAAAGAUAGUCACACUAAUGCAUAGGGGGAAAAAAAUAUGUACUUUUAACCCCCCAUACCGCGUUCCCAAGGGAUCAAACCCCAAUAAUUGCCACCCAGUCAUAGGUUACAUGUUUCUAGCCAAUCUUUGCCCCGCAUAGGCGGGUAAGACCAGUGCGUGUGCACCUCUAGAUAUAUUAGUGGAAGCACACGGCUGGUGGGCAAACCGCUGAGAGAACCUCUUCAGCACAACCGAACACGGACUGAGCGCAGCGCGCGCGCAGGUAGCAGGUGGAACGCGCCAGUGGAUACUCAACUAUGGGUGACCCCUUCAACCACAGCAGCAAGGUGUUUAACCGAACCUCUCAGGGUCAUGUCACAUUUGGAAAUCUGGAGGACAUUGACGUAACCGCGGACAGGAGUCCGGUCUUGAGGAUCAUGAUCUCCGUGGUGUACAUUCUGGUGUGCGCAAUAGGCUUAGUUGGGAAUUCGCUCGUCCUCUUCAUCAUGAGAGUGAAACACUGCAAACAGAGCACCACCAUUAACGUGUUCAUCAUUAACUUAGCUGUCACGGACCUCCAGUUCGUCCUGACAUUGCCGUUUUGGGCUGUGGAUACCGCUCUGGAUUUCAGCUGGCCGUUUGGAGACGCCAUGUGCAAGAUCAUACUGUCCGUCACUGUGAUGAACAUGUACGCCAGCGUCUUCUUCCUCACUGCUAUGAGCAUCACUCGAUACUGCUCUGUGGCUUCAGCCGCCAAGAAUAGUGUCCGCGCACCAGCAUCAUGCUCUGUCAAAUGGGUUUGCGCGUUUUUGUGGGUCGUUGCUACAGUCGCCACCGCGCCAACGUCCAUUUUCUCCACUGUGACAAACGUGGCUGGAGAGAAGCUCUGUUUACUAAAGUUUCCUGCAGGACAAUACUGGCUGGCCUUUUAUCAUUUGCAAAAAAUCCUGGUUGCUUUUAUUCUUCCCAUGUUGAUCCUUUCCGUGUUCUAUUUGUUGCUUCUGAGAUUUGUGAGAAAGCGAAAUUUUAAUAACAUUCAUUCAAAGCACAGGAUUCAUGUCACCAAAUCUAUCACAGUUGUGGUUCUUUCAUUCUUUCUUUGCUGGAUGCCGAACCACGCGAUUACAUUUUGGGGUGUGCUGGUCAAGCUGAACGUGAUUCACUGGGAUGAGGCUUAUUAUAUUGUCCAUACUUAUGUAUUCCCCGUUACUGUUUGCUUAGCUCACACUAAUAGUUGCUUAAAUCCUUUUAUAUAUUGUCUUACGAGAAGGGCAUUGAGAAUGAAACUGAAAAAUUGUUUGUCAAAUAUUGCUCCUUGGUUAUUAAAGAAGUCUUUUCAGAAAUCUAGGAGGCAUCCGUGAACCGACAUGUGACACAAAUGCAUCGAUAUUAAAAUUGCAGAUCGAUAAGGAUUAUAAUUAUUAUAAUAUAUUAUCAGUAAGUUUUGAUGCAUAUGAUAAUUUAUUGUUGGAUGCUAAUCUUUAGAGACUAGACUGAAUUUAUUGCUAGACCCAUAUUUAAAAAAAGAAAAAAAAAAAGAAAAAGAAAACAAUGACCAAUUAAACUGAAAAGUGAAUAUUGUUUAAAGAAUGGUCAUCUUAAACAAUGUCAUCUUUUGUUAAUCUGAGAAGUUCAAAAAUGCAUGCAUGUUUGAAAAUGACUAAGCAACAACAACAGUCUGUCUUUACAAAUACUAAAACAUAUCAAUUGUAAAACACAAGCAUAUUCCCAGUUGUGAAUAAGGUUGACAUAAAUAAAUAAUUAUUGACGUAAA